UCGAGAUACACAAUUGACUCCCUGGCAACAGCUGAGUCUGCUGAACGCGACUAUUGCUGAUCAUCGUAAUGUCGAAUUAGGUUAUAUCAUCUGGUGCGAUUUUGGAGCCUUCGAAGUUAGGAAUGCGAAAAAAAUAUGAAUGAACAUGUCUGUGGUAUCGUUACAAAUGGCCAUCACACUGAUAUUGUUUUAAAACCCUACAGCGAUCGAACGUUACUGAUUGUAACGCACUUCAAAAAGUUUGGGACAUUGCUGAUAAUAAAUCGUGAAUCCGCUGUGAAUGGUUACAAUAGCGAUGUCUUCACGAUAAAGACAGUCUUUGGCAAUGAGAACAAUGACAUUGAUCUAGCUGCUAGAUAUAUAGCGCAACAAAUUAACAUCGAGAAACCAUUACUGCUGUCAAUAGCACUAAAAGAUUAUGAUUUGGAUACUUUAAAGUCCAUUGUCGCUGCUAUAAAUCAGAUAAAACCAUCAGUAAUAUAACAUCAGUUAAAUCAUCAUGAGCUUAAUCUUUGGUCAACUUGUUAUUGGCCCACCUGGUAGUGGGAAAACAACAUAUUGCAAUGCAAUGUCCAAAUUUUUGGAGUCUAUUGGAAGAAAAGUAGCUGUUAUUAAUAUUGAUCCGGCAAAUGAAAAUAUGGAGUAUACUCCAGCGGCAGAUAUAUCUGAAUUAAUUAAACAUGAAGAGGUCAUGGUACAUUUUGGACUUGGACCAAAUGGAGCUUUAGUUUACUGUAUGGAAUUUUUAGAAACCAACAUCAAAUGGCUUAUCACUAAAGUUUUGAAUUUAAAGGAUCACUAUCUUAUUUUUGAUUGUCCUGGUCAAGUUGAGUUAUAUACGCAUCAUAAAUCAGUGAGCCAAAUAGCGGAGAAAUUGAAUCAGAAUUUAAUAAGAUUAUGCAGCGUGCAUCUUAUGGAUUCGCAUCAUUGUAGCGAUCCUGGAAAAUACUUGUCUUCUCUAAUUCUUUGCACAACAGUGAUGUUACAAAUAGGUUUGCCUCAUGUAAAUAUAAUGACAAAGUUCGAUGAAAUGAAAAAGUUCAGCGAUCGUCUAGCAUUCAAUAUAGAUUUUUACACUGAAGUACUAGAUUUGAAUUAUCUCUUGGAGCAAUUGGAUGAAAAUCCCUUUACUGCAAAGUACAAAAAACUUAAUACUGCGCUAGUAUCAAUAAUUGAAGAUUAUGGUCUCGUUAGUUUCAUACCAUUGGACGUUACAAACAAAGCAUUGUUGUUACAAGUAAAGAACGCGGUAGAUAAAGCUAAUGGAUACGUAUUCGGUGGCAAUGAGCCGCAAGACGUUCAAACAUUACUCGCAUGUGCAGUAGGAGCAGUCAAUGAAACUGAAAGGAUGUCAACAUUGGAUGAAUAUUUAUGAUUAUCACUUUAGAGUGAUUCU